AUGGACGAUAAUAACACACCAUACGAACACAGAAAAGAACGCAUUAACUUGCAUCGAAGAGGACUUCCUCCUAUGAGAAGCUUUAAAACAAACACUCAGUCGACCGCACCCGACACAGCGAAUCUGAAAGGGAUUGAAAAGGGCAAACAAAGCCAAUUGUCUUCUUCAAGAUCAUUAUUAAAAGAAACCAACAAAAGAGAGUCGGGGUUUGGUGCAAAAGCCUUUAAGACGGGAAAGACAAAAGAUCCAGGAACUAUAAGUGCCGCCAUUACCGCUGCCACUGCUACGGCUACGGUUCCAACAACAUUAGCAGCACCUACAGCAACAGAAAGCCUUUCAUUCAACAGAUACCCAUAUCAACCGUCGUCGCGAGUUAAAAUUAGUAAUCCCUUGUCGCUAAACACAAUUCGUACUAGCUUAUCCUCAAACUCGGCUCGUUCUCCAAAUUCAUCACGUUCCUCAAACUCACAUCGCUCACCUCCUCAUAGGCACAAGAAACCAGCCGCAUCACGUCAAAAUUCUGACUUUGAUGCAAUACCCACAAUAACGACAACAACUUCGUCUCCGACGCAGGCGUUUGCAUCAGACACAAUACCAAACAAUGAUCCGCCUAAUAGUUUACCAAAAUGGUCGGCGCGAAUGGGAAUGAUAUUUCCUGAUGAUCAUGAUUGCAUGAAUGCUGAAAUAAAAAGGCAAGAGCACUGGGAUCAGCCGACGAUUCCAAAACGAGAAGCUUCAUUGCUCUGGGGAUCAAACGCGUCGUCUCAAAGUAUGUCACGCGGAUUAAGCGAUUCAACGACCGCCACGUCAAUAACAACAAAUCCACUCAAACAGCGUUCGAUUGCCAAAUCCCAGGACGGAGUUUCCCAAGAAUUCGAUUCUAAUAAGCAAUAUACAACAUCCAACUUUCCGACUAUAUAUACAGUUUCUGCACACAAAAGUCGAAACGCUGAUCAUAGUAGUGCAUUUAAUAGAGCAUCAGACGACCUAGGACCUAAUUCUACGCUUUCAAAUCCGUACGAGUCACUACGAAUGUCGCGAUCGUUUUCAGACGUAUUACCCCGAUCUUUAUCGUAUAAUGAUCAGUUAGUGGGUUUUGAUCGACAAUCGGAGUCACCUCCUGAUUCACCCGAGAUGUCGAGCAAAAAACUAACCAUCGAGACAAACGUCAAUUCUAAUGCACAGGACGAUAGCAAUCCUGACUCGCCAACACCAUCUGGUGAAAAGAAUGACGAUUCAUUCCCGGAAGAGCUAACGUACUAUUCACCAUUUGCUGGCAGAAGGCCAUAUCUACGAGGACAUUAUUCAAACUAUUCAAUUGAUUCAACAUUUUCACCCGAAACGAGUCAAGUAGUAUACUCAAUGUCGCAGGCAGAUUUAAUAUUUGACAAUCCUGCAGAAACAACAACUACUUCCGAUGAUGCCAUAGACACUACUGCUUCCAAUACUACUGAGGCGAGUACUCCAUUCUCUUCCGAGUAUUCAUCACCUAAACAAUCGAAACGUCCUUUGCAAGACAUGGCAAUCAAUGUUCAGUCAACUUUUCUUCAACGUUCACCGUCGCUAUCUUCAACGACCUCUAGUGCACAAUACUCAUACAAUACUGACAGCGGUCCGCCCUCGGCAAUUGUAGCGCCUCGUAAAUUCCUUCUACAAUCACUUGUGCUCCAAGUAGUAAACUCUAGCAGUACAAAAAAUCGAUAUCUAUUCCUAUUCAAUGACCUCUUAGUUAUCGCAGAACCCAUUAACGUCGAACCUCAUACGAUACCUACUUUGGACAACUUAUUCCAGAUCAAGUAUAUUGUUGAAAUGAGCAAAAUUACUUUAAUCGUAUCGCUUGAUAAAGAGGAAGAUAUGAAGAAUAAACCUAGGAGGGAACCAUCAGUAUUACAAGAGUUUGCUAAAAAGUUUGCUAUUGAUCCUAUAUAUGCUAUUGAUUACAUGAUUGGUACAAGACGCAUAAUAAACGAUCCGGUGCAUAUUGCAAAAUUACUCCUGAGGAGUUCAGAAUUAAGCAAGCGUCAGUUGGGUAUUUACUUGGCUGAUCAGAAUCACAAGAAAGUGUUACUGGCAUAUUUGGAUAGAUUGAAUUUUGAGGGAAUUUACAUUGACGAAGCGCUGAGGAUAUUUUUGAUGAGCAUAGUUCUGCCUCAAACUCAAACAGACAUUAAUUAUUUAAUAACUGCAUUCGCUAAACGAUGGCAUCAUGCCAACGCAAAUGUAGCCAAAUUCAAUGAUGAAACAGCCAUUAAACUGACAUUUGCAACGCUAGAACUAAACAACAAACUACACAAGUGCGAGACCGUGGGCAAAUCAUCCGCCACUUUACCAGAUGCAGCACACGCUGACACUAGUGACUCUUCUGUAACAAUCGAAGAUUUUAUUAACCGAUUUCGACGCGAAAGCGAUCAGUUCUGUUUAGUUCCCGAUAACAUGCUGGAAAAGGUAUAUCGCUCCAUACGCGAUGAAAAACUAGAAACUGCUUGGGAUGAUACAAUGGAAGAUACUCCGCAGAUACCUGUCACUUUUCAACCCACUCGAUUACCCAGUCGAUUAACAUUGAAAGAACCAUCGGACUUUAUCACUGUUUCGAUACCUUCUCCAGAUCCGCAUUUCUACAUAAGACUGCAUGGGCAGGAUCUUCGCUUCGAACCAUCGGUACUUGAUUUCUCUCGUCAGAACACAAAAAGAUUCCGCAUUACUGGAACUACGCUAGGGUCUAAAUCGAUGAUGUUGAUCAAAUCUGGCGCACACGCCCCGCAUUAUACUAAUCUACCGACAACAAAAACAGUACUCGUCGAACGUGCUUUUCUUAGAUGGACAUUUGAAAUUGCAUUCACUGAUACCAAUGGCCUCCGACGUAAAUAUGUAUUUAGCGUUGAUUCACAAGAACGUAAACGGCAAUGGGUUGAAAGCAUAAGAGGUGCAAUAAACGAAGCAAGAUUAAAGGCUUACAACAUCAGUAGCCCCAAAUUUGUCGUCGUAGAUGACGAUGAUAAAGACAAAGAUGAUGAAGAGGAAGAAACAGGGCGAGUAAGCAGGCGAACUCCAGCCAAGGUCGAUCCUAAUGAAGCAGCAGAAGCGGUUGUAUUACAAGUUCUCAGGGAUGCACUAAUACCAGAUGAGAAUGCCAUGAAUGACAUUGGAGAUCGGACAAGUGUAGUGGCUAUUGGAGGAUUGGGAUCGAUUGCUAAUAGUCCGACAUCCGCUGUUUCGACACCAAUGGUUAAUGCAGUAAAUGGUUCUCAUCCCUUUUCAUCUCCUUCAUUUUCGAGUUCUCCACAGUCCAGUUCUUCUCCUACAUCCCAUGUUCGUAAACAUAAUCGAGUAACUAGUCUUGCGAAUAUAGUGACUGGUAGUGCUGUUCGACAAAGCCUAUUAAGGAAUAGCGUGAUUAGAAAUAGCGUGUUGGUACCAAAUUCUGCGACACAAGAUAUUGCAGUCGCAGCUUAUGCCAAGACGGGACAUGACAUCAUUAGGAUGGCGGUACAGAAUAGUUUAUUACCGAUAGUUCUUGGAUAUCUGAAGAGUGAAUUGGAAAAGGCUGAAAACGAUAGAGACGAUAAAGAGCAAGUUGAGAAAGAGGAGAGUCAAGAAAAUAUGACAGGAAAUGAAGGUGACGAAGAAAGUAAAUAA